AGGUGCAAACAUGGGAAACCAGAGAUAAUCCCACCGCUGCCACCAACGUGGCGAACAUAUCAUCAAGUUCGCUAUGAUAAAGUCAAAUUCCUAACAAAAGUAAUGUGUAGAAAAAUCCUCUGCCGCGAAAGUGGUGCUUUCUGUUAGGCUUAUCUCUAUAGCGUACUAUUUUAUCUUAAAGUUGUGGAGCAACAGUCCAGCGCUGUGAGGCUUUUCUCCCGGACUCGGCUUGGCUCUACCGAAUGUAGGCUAAGAAAAUUCAAUGGAAGCGUUCAGAUCAAAGCGUUGAAUAUGACCUAUUUCAUGCAAGGAUUUAUUUAUUUAUUUGAUGAGUAAAUAAUAUAGUUGAUUUCGGUCAUUUACAUGAGCAAUAUUUUGCUGUUUUUAGAACAGACUGUUCACCGUCGUCUCAUUUUCACUUCAGCGAUGCAACAUCUUCCUGUCAUUUUUCCACAACGCAACGCGAUUACGCGCGCGGCCAAGGGAGGACAUAUCACACUACAGCUACUGUCCUGUACUAACGCUACUGUCCUGAAGAAUCGAAUACCCUUUUUAGUGUAUAUCCCAUGUUCAUCUGCUUGGGUUUUCUGAGACUGCUCCGGUUGUAUACUUCUGCAAAGCUCAUCAACAUCAACAUCAUCUGCCACUUCAAACACAUCAAGCCAUAAGAGGAGGGAGCUUAGCUGCUUUUGGCAUUUCAAAAAGAGGCUGGUUAAAGAAACUGCAGUGAAAAAAACACCUUCAGGAUGACAGUGAGUUUCUUCUAAGUGAACCAGAUGACUCCACUGGACCUGUGCCCUGGAAACACCACCAUUUGACCGAGGACUAUCAGAGUGAUUGCUGACAUCAAAGUUGUAAUUGUUGUUUUAAAAAAGAAGAACAAAUGCUUGGGCAUCUCUGGUGGCCUGCUGGGUAGCAGUUGUCUUCUUGUACCGUAGUAGCAGCAGCUGAACCACGGUUGCCAUAGUGGAACAAUGGCACGCCCAGGCUCUGGGGUGCUGGUGUCGGUCAACGGGCUGGGGUACCCUCCUCAGAACCUGGCCCGGGUGGUGGUGUGGGAGUGGCUGAACGAACAUGGGCGCUGGCGGCCCUACAGUGCGGCAACGUGCCACCACAUAGAGAACGUACUGAAGGGGGACGUGCGGGGGACUGUGGUCCUUGGACAGGUGGAUGCCCAACUGGCCUCUUACAUCAUCGACCUGCAGUCCAUGCACCAGUUUAGACAGGACACAGGCACCAUGAGGCCGGUCCACAGGAACUUCUAUGAGCCGUCGUCAGCCCCGGGGAAGGGUGUGGUGUGGGAGUGGGAGAACGACAGCGGCUCCUGGACGCCCUACGACAUGGAGAUCUGUGUGACCAUCCAGAACGCCUAUGAGAAGCAGCACCCCUGGCUGGACCUGACCUCUCUGGGUUUCUGCUACCUCAUUGACUUCAACAGUAUGGUCCAGACCAACCGGCAGAGCCAGAGGAAACGCCGCCUGCGCCGACGCAUGGACCUGGCCUACCCUCUCAUCAUGGGCUCCAUCCCCAAGUCCCAGUCGUGGCCUGUGGGCGCCAGCUCCGGCCAACCCUGCUCCUGCCAGCAGUGCAUUCUAGUCAACAGCACGCGGGCCGCCUCCAACGCCAUCCUGGCCUCUCAGCGCCGUAAGCUGUACGGAGGGGCCGCAGGAGCUCCAGGGGCCACAGGCACGCUUAAUGUGGUACGGCAGAGUAACACUUUCGCUGGAACCACACUCUGGUCCCCAACCUCCGGUGCCGGGAGCAACAACAUACAGCAUAACAACAUAAGUGCAGGAAGUGGCCAAGCUAAAGCUGAACAGGUGCAGUCGCCCCUGUCUAGUUCCAACUUCCCUUGUUCCCCGGCACUGCCGUCCCUUCCGCUUGCACAUGGCCACUCCCACACCCAUGCACACUCCCACGGCCACCAUGUCAUCAUCAACGGGCAGAACAACCUGAACCGGCCGGGAACCCAGCGCAUUUCCAUGGGCACUGCUAGAGGAGCCAUCCCACCAGGGGUCCCGGCCCUCCCUGUUAAGAACUUGACUGGCUCUGGACCAGUUCACCCAGCAAUUGCAGGUAUGACAGGUAUCCUGAUGUGUGCUGCUGGCCUGCCUGUGUGUCUGACCCGGGCCCCUAAACCCAUCCUGCACCCGCCGCCCAUAAACAAGAGUGACAUGAAGCCUGUGCCCGGGGUCAAUGGCAUCCGCCGCAAGACCAAGAAGAAGCACCUCAGGAAAGGGAAAAACCCAGAGGAUGUGGUGCGGAGAUACACGGAGAAAGUGAAGGUAGCCCCUGAUGAGGACUGCACCAUCUGCAUGGAGAGGCUGGUGAUGUCAUCGGGCUACGAGGGUGUCCUGCAGCACAAGGGCAUAAAGCCAGAAAUGGUGGGCAAGCUUGGCAAGUGUGGGCACAUUUACCAUCUGCUGUGCCUGGUGGCCAUGUACAACAAUGGCAACAAGGAUGGCAGUCUGCAGUGCCCCACCUGUAAGGCUAUCUAUGGGGAGAAGACAGGCACACAGCCCCCUGGGAAGAUGGACUACCAUGUCAUCCCCCACUGCCUGCCCGGCUACCUGGAGGCCAAGACCAUCCGCAUCGUCUAUGACAUUCCUGCUGGCAUACAGGCCACAGAGCAUCCCAACCCAGGGAAGAAGUUCAGCGCUAGAGGCUUCCCACGGCACUGCUACCUCCCAGACAAUGAUCAGGGCAGGAAGGUCCUGAAGCUCCUGAUCAUGGCGUGGGACCGCCGCCUCAUCUUCACCAUCGACACGUCCAGCACCACGGGCGAGUCAGACACGGUGGUGUGGAAUGAGAUCCACCACAAGACAGAGUUUGGCUCCAAUCUGACAGGGCACGGCUACCCAGACCCCAACUACCUGGACAACGUCGUGACAGAGCUGUCAGCCCAGGGGGUCGUAGAGGACAACCUGAAGGACUGAGGGGGGUAGAGAGGCCACUGAGGACCACCACCCAUACAAUACUCCUCUCUGACAUAGAGUGGGCCUCUGCAUGAAGAGGCAACAUGCAGCCAAGAUAACUCUAUUUUACUCCCACACCCAAAACAGACCUAAAGACCCUCAGAUUCUGUAUGUGGCCAUGAGAGCGGAGGAAAUAUAGCAAAUGACAUGAUAACAUCACGAUUGUGUUAUACUGUUAUUUGCAUUUACCUUAACAUAACUGUAAAACUUUUCUGACUACUGUCUCUUUGUCAAUGCCUUGAGCAUGUGUAUUUUUGGCAAAAUUUCAACCUGAUAGGGUAAAGGAACGUAAAGACAGGAUUUGAAUGAAAACUGAUCUCAAUGUGUAUUGGCGGUUGUGGGGUUUAUACAUUGAUGCACAUCAACUGUUCAUUGAUUCCUCUGAGACUGGAUUUUGAACCUCCUCUUUUGUACUGAAGAAGAUUUAAGACUGUGACAUCGUAGCAUUGAAAGAGAUGUCUGUUUAUACUCACCACCAAACCAUGUGGCCCAGAAUUUGAUAUUGCAUUUUAAUGUUGACUGCACACCUGGAAUCUUUGCAAAGACAGUUGGCUAGGGCUCUGAAGGCUUUAAAUGUCUGUCCCGGUUUGUUCUAGUUUUAUCAGAUGUGUAUUUUUUAAUGAGUAGGGAAGUGAUUUCUCAAGUUGUAGUUGGUAUUUGUGUGGAAAUCUUCAGGAUAAUUUUUAUAUGCAGAAUUGUAAAAGCGUGAUUGCUUUCCCAGUCCAAUUCACACCAAAUCUACACAGUUCAGCUUGUUGUGAUAUGCUGAUGAGGUUGAUAGUGAGAGUCUUUUGAAAGUGAGGCCUUUUGCUUAGUUUUAGCCUGGUGAUUUUCUGCAACAAAACUGUCUGUAGAUCUGAGUGGACAGUGACGGUGAUGUGAUUCUCAGGAAGGAGAGAGGGCAUCUCUGAUUGGCUACACAGGGCCGUUUCACAAAGGCUUGGCGCCACUGGCCUUUGAGUUUGUUGAAGGUUCACAUGCACCUUCUGACAGAGAGACAGUCAGUUGAUCUGAAGAUUCAGCUGUCUCACAGUAAAUGUAUAUUCUAACAGGGGUGCCAACCUGAGGAGGUCUUUUUAAGUUAACCUGAUAUAGAUCCAUACACAAGCAUCUUACCGAUCAGUUAGAUGAUUGUUCAAAAAAUUUAUGCUUCUGUAAGCUAAGAUCUCAGGCAGUCGAGCAAGCCUCGCGCCACUCCAAGGUUAACCUCAUUAGUUUUAUUGAAACACUGGUGACGUUGACCUCUGUGAAUAAGCCUGUCUUAGAAAAGGCCCAGGCAUUGGAAUGAUGUAUCACGCUCGCAUCACAUGUGCUUGCCUACUUGCGUGUGUGUUUGAAUGUGUGUUAGUGUGUGUGUGCUGUGGCGUUAAUACACUCUCUGGCUUUCUAAGGGCUUUAUUUCAUCCGUAUUGCGGUAGUUCAGCACUACAGCGUGAUUGAAAUUUAAAGACAAUGUUCCCGCGUUAGCAGAGACUGCAUUCAUGGUAAACUCCAUAUAUGUCGGCUCAAUCGGAAAUGACUUUCACAUUUCCAUGGCGCAAUCUGGAACGCCUCAGUCCUUGAACAGAGGAGCAGAACAUGCUUCGCAGAGAGCGAUGUCCUCUUCAAAUAAUGACUCUCUCCUCUGAUCCAUCAUAGAGUAGAGUAGGCAGAGCGGCCCCCCCACACACACACACACACACACACACACACACACACACACACACACACACACACACACACACACACACACACACACACACACACACACACACACACACACACACACACACACACACACACACACACACAGAGCCUGUGAUGUACGAGCCUCUGGUGUCCCUCCUGUUGAGCUGGUUGCAUGAUAAGCCUCUGCUGCAGACAACACCUACCCCAUACUGUCUGAUUCCUCUGAAGGCUCUUAGGUCUGAUACUGAUGUACGGGCCGCUGCUGCGUUUCCCCUUCCCUCAGCAGCUAGAGGAGCUCAUUCUACAGUAGGAUCACUCAGAAAGUUGUUCUAUAUAGUACAGUAUGUGAAGCGGAUGUCGCACUGGGAAUUUCCACUCCCUUUGCUCCCUCCUCUCUCCCUUCCCACAGAUUAUUUGCCCAUAAGCUAAAGAGUUCUUGAAGAUUUGAGUUAUUUUCCAAAAAUAACAGUUAACCUUUAAGCUGAAUAAUUCUCUCCUCCAGUUGGAUCUGACCAAUUUGAAAGAGUGGGGAUGUUGGUAUAAUCUAGAAGAGAUUCAUGUUGAGGUUUUAUGGUGUCCCACCCACGUCACGGGUUUUGAUCCUUUAAAUGCUUUUGAAUAUCUUGGACUGAAUCAUAGUCUUCCGUAGCACUUUGAGGCAGCAGUUUUCUUUAAUUAAUCCUUUCAUUUUAGGAAGAUGUCUUGAAAUGUAUUGGCUACAAAUUCAGCUGUUUUUUAUGUUUAUGUUUAUAAACUUGUCUUGUAUUGCUUCAAAAAUAUACGUAUAUAUAUCUAUACAUUUGCAGAUGUGAUCUACCUUUAAAUGUACAUGUAUGCUCAAUUUGAGUCAUAUGGUGUAAGUUUAAUUUAUUUUUAUACUCUUCUAUAUAUGAAAAUAUACACUCACAUUUACCCGCCCACAUCACUAUACACACAGGCACAUAUUAAAAUGAAUACAGUGCCUUCGGAAAGUAUUCGGACCCCUUGACUUUUUCCACAUUUUGUUACAUUACAGCCUUCUUCCAAAAUUGAUGAAAACAAACAUUUCCUUCCUUUCUCUUAACACAAUACCCCAUAAUGACAAAGCAAAAACAGUUUUUGCUAAUUCAUUAAAAAUAAAGAAAAAGGAAAUAUCACAUUUACAUAAGUAUUCAGACC